AUGUCACCACUUGAUCCAGAUCCCCCGCAAGCCUCUGCCACCGCCGCCACCAGCACCGCUCUCCCACCAUCCCAAGCCUCAGCGCUUCUAUCAUCCUUCACAAAUUUUCUAACCGUUGCCUUACAUUCCAUCCUCUACUACCGGAAACUCUACCCAGAAGCCACCUUCCUCACAGCCCGGGCCUACAACCUACCCGUACACCAGUCUCGGCAUCCCGGAGUCUGCGCCUGGAUACGCGAUGCCGUGACAGCUGUCAGCGCACAGAUUCGGUCCGGAUCUGCCCGCCAGAUCGCUCUCGUCAUCCACGCACCCCAGAGCUUUGACGUUGUAGAGCGAUGGAUUUUUGACCUGCAGUCCUUUCCUGCGACAUGGGGCGACAAGGAUACGUCUUUGGGACCGGCAAACGACGUUAAUGAUGGGAGUCGUGAAGCUGCGGAUGAAAACGUCAAUUGGACUGACGUCAACGAAGCUUUACGUGGAGCAUUGAGUAGAAUCUCGCAUGCCGGCCAGAGUAGGCCGGAUCUUCCUGAUGGCUGUACUUUUACUUUGGGCGUGGAGUUGCGAGAUCAAGCCUUGCCGCCUAUCCAGCAUCCACAACUUUGGAUUCCUGCUCAGCCAGAUCUCCAGCCACCUACUGAAAACAGACCAGAUCUUGGCCGGGCCGUUGGUGGAACAGCCACCACGCCAAUUCGCCCUGUACAAGCAGGGCCUUUGUUCUUUGAAUGCUGGGUUGAGCAAGGUAAGCUCGUACCUAGCUUUGUUCCUAGCCAGGCUGCCGCACAUUCUUCUACAGCGCACAUUCUCGGGGAUGCCCCGCAGUUUACAACAUCAUCAAGUUCGUAA